AUUCAGCUCUGUUCAGCUCACCCAAAUCAUAGCAGCCUAGCUGCCAUAUUAUUGCUAAUCCUAGUUGGUAAGUUCCUUGAAGACAGGAUUUUUUAGAGUUUAUGUAUUUAUAUUAGCAGUAGCAGAGUUUUUAAAACAUUUGUUAUAGUUUGGUGCUGAGACUUGAAUCCAAGACUUCAUGCACACUAGACAACUUCUCUACCAAUGAGCUGCAUUCUGAACCCAACAUGGGUUCUUUUAAAAAUUUUAUUAUGUGUGCACAUGCAUGGUCCAUGGUGCAAAUGUGGGGUCAGAGGACAACUUUUAGGGGUUUGUCCUACUAUGUAUUCAGGGGAUUGAACUCAGAAGGUCAGGUUUGGUGGCAAGCACUUUACCCCAACAUGGAUUCUCUUUUUUAAGGUUUAUAAAUGGGUAUCUAUGUAGUUAUGUGCAAGAGCAGCAAGUGCUCUUAACUACUGAGCCGUUUCUCCAGAACUCCCCCUACAGACCCCCUGCCAUGGAUUCUUAUUGUUAAAAGACUUAACUAGGAAAAAGACUUUUUUGUGUGUGGUUUUUUGAGACCGAGUCUCUCUAUGUAACAGUCCUGGCUGUCUUGGAACUCAAUUUGUAGACCAGGCUGGCCUUGAACUCACAGAGAUCCACCUGCCUCUACCUCCUGAGUGCUGGGAUUAAAGGCGUGGGCCACCACUGCCUGCCUUGGUUUUUGGGUUUUUGAGACUGAAUCUCACAUCAUGCAGGCUGACCUCAAACAUACUAUGUAGCUGAGCUUGAACUCCUGAUCUUCCUGCCUACUCCUCCCCUGUUAAAAAGAUUUUAUUUUUUUAUUUUUUAGAGGCAGGGUCUCUCUCGAUAGCCCUGGCUGUCUGUCCUGGAACUUGAUAGGUAGACCAGCCUGGCCUCAAACUCACAGAAAUCUGCCUACUCUAGCCUCUCAAGUGCUGGGAUUAAAGGGGGUGUUUGCCAUCGUGGAGAUGGGUGAUGUAAGUGCUCGGGAGGCUGUCUUAUCACAGCCCAAGCACAGGCUGGGGGAACAUGGACUGCGUGUUCGGCCGAGGGAGCAGAAGGAGUUCCAGAGCCCAGCCUCCAAGUCUCCCAAAGGAGUGGACUCAAAUAGUCGACAGCUGGCCCAAGCACUGGCCGAGGCCCCAGAUGUGGAGGCGCAGAUGGUAAAGCUUGUGGAACUGAGGGAGUUGUCUGAGGCUGAGCGGCAGCUUCGGAAUCUUGUUGUGGCGCUGAUGCAGGAGGUCUUCACAGAGUUCUUCCCUGGCUGUGUGGUCCAUCCUUUUGGCUCUUCUGUAAACAGCUUUGAUGUUCAUGGCUGUGAUCUGGACCUCUUCUUGGAUCUGGGUGAUAUGGAAGAGACACAGCCAGCCCCACAGACCCUCAAGGCUCCAUCACCUCCAUCCGUGGACUCAGCACUUACUUUUUCCCUGGAUCCUCAAGCGCUGCCCUGUACCCCAGCUUCUCCUCUGGACUCACCGUCUCCAACUUCUCCCCAAGAUUCUGAGGUCCUGGACUUGGAAACCACAUCUUCUCUGGCACCCCAGACACCAGAUUCUGCUUUGGGCUCUGACCCCGUCACCUCUCCCCAGUCACUGCCUCCAGUUUCACCACUGCAGGACGACAGGGGAGAGGAGAGACCAGGGAAGGCCCUAGAAUUAGCAGAGACUUCACAGGACGAGAAGGAGGAGGCAGCGGCAGUGUUAGAGCUGGUGGGCUCUAUCCUCCGGGGCUGUGUCCCUGGAGUUUACAGAGUCCAAACUGUGCCCUCUGCCCGGCGCCCUGUGGUCAAGUUCUGUCAUCGGCCUUCAGGUCUGCAUGGAGACAUCUCCCUCAGUAACCGGCUGGCCCUUUAUAACUCCCGUUUCCUGAAUCUCUGCUCUGAGAUGGAUGGUCGAGUCCGGCCCCUUGUGUAUACUGUACGCUGCUGGGCUCAGCAUAAUGGACUGUCAGGGGGUGGCCCCCUUCUCAAUAACUACGCCUUAACGUUGCUAGUGAUCUACUUCCUUCAGACCAGAGACCCUCCAGUGCUUCCUACUGUGGCCCAGCUCACCCAGAAAUCAGGUGAAGGGGAGCAGGUAGAAGUUGAUGGCUGGGACUGUAGUUUUCCAAAGGAUGCCUCACGACUGGAGCCCAGUACCAACGCAGAGCCUCUCAGUUCCCUGCUGGCCCAGUUCUUCUCCUGUGUUUCUGGCUGGGAUCUUUCUGGUUCCCUGCUGUCCCUGCGGGAAGGUCAGGCAUUGCUGGUGGCAGGGGGCCUGCCUUCUGAACUUUGGGAGGGGCUGCGCCUUGGCCCCAUGAAUCUCCAGGACCCCUUUGACCUGAGUCACAAUGUUGCAGCUAAUGUAACCAGUCGGGUGGCUAGACGGCUGCAGAACUGUUGUGGAGCAGCAGCCAGUUACUGCCGGAGUCUCCAGUACCAGCAGCGUUCCUCCCGGGGCCGGGACUGGGGACUGCUCCCACUUUUGCAGCCCAGCUCCCCUAGCUCCCUGCUGUCUGCCAAGCUCAUCCCCUUGCCCCCUGCCCCCUUUCCUCAGAUCAUUAUGGCUCUGGUGCGUGUGUUAAAGGAAGCACUUGGAUGCCAUAUAGAACAGGGAACCAAGAGACCACGGUCAGAAAGUGCCAGAACCAAAGACUCUCCCCAGGGAGGGACAAACAAAAGACAGAGACUAGAUGGGCAAGAAGAGAGCUGUGAGGAGGGGAAAGAGGAGCCACAGGGAUGUGCAGGGGACCAUAGUGAAAAUGGGGUGGAAGAAAUGGUAAUAGAGCUUCGGGAGACACCUCAGGACAGGGCCUUGAGCUCUGGACCACCAGGGGAGCUGCCCCUGAUGACUGCCAAGUGUCUAGAUAAGCUGGCUGAGCAGAAGCCCACGGAACCUGAAGUGGCUGGAGAAGGGUCUCAGGGUGAGACAGGGAAGGAGACAUUACACCUGUCGUCAGUGAGCUGGCGCUGUGCCUUGUGGCACCAAGUGUGGCAGGGGAGGCGGCGUGCCCGGAGACGAUUACAGCAACAAACCAAAGAAGAAGGCAGAGGAGGUCCCGCCCCUGGAGCAGAGUGGCUGGCAAUGGAGGCCCGUGUAACCCAGGAGCUGAAAGGACUGAACAGUGAGCAACAGAGGCCACAGGGGGAGCCUCUCCUCACUUUCAUGACAUCUGUCUCCCAAGCUGACCAGACACUCACUGUGGUGCCAGUUCAAGAUUCCCAAGGCCUAUUCCCUGGUCUUCAUCAUUUUCUACAGGUGUUUCUCCCUCAAGCACUUAAAAAUCUCCUUAAGUGAUGAGCCAGGCCUCAAAGACAAUAAAGCUGCUAGUUUAUUUAAUACAGA